GACAGUGGAACACACACAUUAACUUAACAUUAACACUCUCGAUCAGCACAAAAAGCCAAACCAAUCGUGACAGAGGAAGACAAACAUUACGUACCCAGCUGAAGACAAUGUCCAAGUUCAUCAAAUUCAAACAAAACACAACCGCGCCGGUUCGCUUCAUUUAUCCACCAUAGCAGAUGCAGCCCGCCGCGUCCAUCGGAACUGGACCCCAAACUCCAUGCACAACAACACGUAUGCAAUUGAGCUGUCCACAUGCAUGCCACUCUGUGGCCAAAUGUCGCUGCAUCUUCAUCAGAACAGAGGAGCUUUCACUUCUAUAACUAUAAAUACCCCUGUUCUCCCCUGAGUUUCAUCAUCAUCGACAAAGAGUGAGUUCAAUCUUAUCCAACUCAUCAUGGCUAGUACUGAAAUGAAAGCAAGGUUUCCUCUGUUACUUUUGCUGGGAAUUCUCUUCCUAGCUUCAGUUUCUGUCUGUUACGGCAUUGUCUCCCAUGACAAGGAAGACGAUGAUCGACGACCAUGGUGGCCUGAACCUGAAAGAGAGGAGGAAAAGCAUCAUCAAAGGACCAGGGGAAGUGAGGAAGGUGAAAAAGAAGAACGUGAACGACAUCAGGAGCCAGGACAUCGAGAAAGGGCACGCCAGGAGGGUGAGAAGGAGGAAGAUGAACGACAACCAUGGUGGCAACCUGGACGUGGAGAAGAAGAAGGAGAGUGGAGAGGCUCUCGCCGUCUUGAAGAUCCUGAUGAGAGGGAGAGAGUGAGGGAAAGAACAGAGCGAGCAAAGAAAUGGAGGCGAGAGACAGAGGAGAGGGACACACCUCGUCGACCACACCACCGUGAGAGUGAAGAAGAGGAAGGUUCUUCUUCUUCUUCUUCUUCAGAGUCCUCACGGAGGAGUCAACGAAGGAACCCCUUCUACUUCAGGUCUAGUUCUAGCAGGUUCCAGACUCGCUUCCAGAAUGAAUACGGUUACGUUCGUGUCCUCCAAAGGUUCGAUGAGCGAUCAAAGCUGUUUGAGAAUCUCCAAAACUAUCGAAUUUUUGAGUUUAAGGCCAAACCCCAUACCGUUGUUCUGCCUCACCACAAUGAUGCUGAUUCCAUCGUUGUCAUCCUCAGUGGGAAAGCCAUAAUUACCUUAGUGAAUCCUAAUGACAGAGAGUCCUUCAACCUUGAGAGGGGUGAUGUCCUGGUACACCCUGCAGGAACCAUAGCUUAUGUAGCUAACCAUGAUGAUAAUGAGAAUCUCAGAAUCGCUAAAAUCAUUAUUCCUGUUAAUAGACCUGGCGAAUUUCAGGCUUUCUACCCCUCUAACACUGAACCUCAAGAAUCCUACCUGAAUGGAUUCAGCAGGAAUAUACUAGAGGCUUCCUUCAAUGCUGAAUACAAUGAGAUAGAGAGGGUUCUGUUACGAGGAGGAGAACAGAGGCAGGAACAGGGUUUGAUAGUGAAAGUGUCACGGGAUCUGAUUCAACAACUAAGCAGACAUGCAAAAUCCAGCUCAAGAAAGAGAACUUCUUCUGAACCUGAGCCAUUCAACUUGAGAAGCCGUGAUCCAAUCUAUUCCAACGAGUUUGGCAAGCACUUUGAGAUCAAUCCAAACAGAAAUUCGCAGCUCAGAGACUUUGACAUCUUUCUCAGCUCAACUGAGAUCAGGGAGGGAUCUAUUUUCCUGCCACACUACAAUUCAAGGUCCACAGUGAUUCUUGUGGUGAAUGAAGGAAGAGGAGAGUUUGAACUUGUGGCUCAAAGGAAGCAACAACAGCAGAGGAGAAAUGAAGAAGAUGAAGAAGAGGAAGAGGAACAACCUCGCAUUGAGGCUCAGAGGUUCAGAGCAAGGUUGUCUCCUGGUGAUGUUGUGGUGAUCCCAGCAGGUCAUCCAGUUGCAAUAAACGCUUCCUCAGAUCUCAAUUUCAUUGCCUUUGGUAUCAAUGCUGAGAACAACCAGAGGCACUUCCUUGCAGGUGGUGAUGACAAUGUGAUAAGCCAGAUAGAGAAGGUAGUGAAAGAGAUUGCAUUCCCUGGGUCUGCUGAAGAUAUUGAAAGGCUGAUAAAGAAUCAGAGGAACUCCCACUUUGCAAAUGCUCAGCCUCAGCAAAGGGAGGAGGGAGGACAUGGAAGAAGAGGCCCAUUAUCUUCAAUUUUGGGCGCUUUUACCAAGUGAACUGAUCUAUGUGCAUGUAAGAGUGUAAGGGCUCAUAGUGACCCAAAAAUGAUGUAGCUGCUCAUGUAACUACAACUAGAGCUCCGCCUUUGUGCUACAAAUAAAUAAAUUAAUUAAGAAUAAUAGUUGUGUCUUAAA